UUAUUUUCCCCUUCCUCCCUCGUCUUCGAGUUAACACGGCCGGCGAUGUUCAUUCUCCGAGUCCACUCGGUCGACGCCGAGCGGCCAAUCUCCGGGGGAGAAGAAUUCACCACCUUUAGCUCCGCCUCCCGGAGAGCUCAGUCCGCCGAAAACCCUAAAUCGAACCCUAAACUCACCGAACGCAGAGGCGUCGUCCAUCUCUACCGCAACUCCGCUCAGAGCUCGCUUCCAAACCCUAAUUCCCGAUCCACCUCCCUUUUCGUCGUCGCUGUACCAAAUUAUCUCUCCAUCUCUGAUUUCGUCGGGUUCUGUGAUUCCCACAUCGACCAUAUCUCGGAGAUCCUCUUUGUCAGGAACGAUGGGAUGGAAGAUCGAUACAGUGUUCUUGUCACGCUUGCUGACCAAUCAGCUGCGAAUGCAUUUUACGAGAACUUGAACGGAAGACGGUUUGUACCAUCCGAGGCCGAGAUUUGCCAUCUCCUAUAUGUAAUAUCGGUGGAAUACACAGAAUUUGAUGAGCUUGCUGGUUGCCCACCCACAGGAUUCACCGAGUUACCCACCUGCCCGAUAUGUCUAGAGAGAUUAGAUCCUGACACCAGUGGUGUACUCAGCACCCUCUGUGAUCACUCAUUUCAGUGCUCUUGCACUUCAAAGUGGACUUACCUGUCUUGUCAGGUUUGCCAACUGUGUCAACAGCAGAAUGAGAUACCGAGCUGUUCUAUUUGCGGAACAACAGAAAACCUAUGGGCAUGCCUUGUAUGUGGUUUCCUUGGUUGUGGAAGGUAUAAAGAAGGACAUUCUAUCAGACACUGGAAAGAAACACAUCAUUGCUAUUCACUCGAUUCACGAACACAACAAAUCUGGGAUUAUGUUGGUGACGGUUAUGUUCAUAGAUUAAACCAGUCAAAAGUUGAUGGAAAGGCGGUGGGGAUGAACUCCGGCUGUCUGUCACAUGAAGGGCACUGCGGUACCUGCGGGUGUAGUGAAGAUACUGGAAUCAGCAGAGCCAUCUUUGACAGCAAACUUGAUUCGAUUGUAAGCGAGUACAAUGACCUUCUUGCAAGUCAGCUGGGGGCACAAAGGCAGUACUAUGAAUCUCUUAUUGUCGAGGCAAGAAGCAAACAGGAUAGUACCAUCUCGGAGGCAGUAGAGAUGGCCGUUGUUGCCAAAUUGGAAGAACUACAAAGAAACAUCGAAAAAUGUGAAGAGGAGAAAAAUACCGUUGCUGAGGUCAAUAGAAAACUUAUAAAGGAGCAAGACAUUUGGAAGAAGGCGGCCAAAGAAAUAGAAGAGAGGGAAGUAGCGUUGCUGAGAUCAAAAGACGAGACCAUACUUGAUCUCGAAGAGCAGAUUAGAGACAUAAGGAUUUUCAUUGAAGCCCAGAAAACCCUCAAGAACAUGCCAGAUUCCGACGGGAUCCGUGAAGGAACCGUCUUACCGAUCCCUCGCAACGAGUCGUCUGCCUCGUCUAGGAAGCAAAAGAAGUCGGGUCGGAGAAGGAAUUGAACUGUUCCAGGAACUUGUAAAAGAACAGGCAUGUCAUUAGAUGAGGUUAUUGUUUUCAGUUCUGAAAUAAUUUUCAUUGAUAACGAGACCUAGAAUCA